CUGAGAAGAUGACCAGAGAACUCAACAAGGCAUACUGUGGAUUCUUCAGAAACAACGUCAACAGCAAGCACCUCUCUGCAGUAGCCACAGGCAACUGGGGCUGUGGGGCUUUUGGUGGAGACACACGGCUCAAAGCACUGAUUCAGUUGAUGGCUGCAGCAGAGGCUGGGAGAGACGUGGCGUACUACACAUUUGGAGAUGCUCAGCUUAUGAGGGAUGUUCAUGAAAUACACACUUUCCUCACCGAGAGACAAGUCACUGUUGGGAAGCUGUACUACCUUCUGAACCAGUACUCGAGUUUGAUGUGCCAGAAUUGCCAGACGACGCGACCUGACGUCAAUCUCUACAGUUUCAUCUACCAGAAAGUCUCUUCCCCUGCAGCCGCCGAUGCCCCAGACUCUAAGGAUUCUGGGAUGUCCCCUGUAACAUCAGAUUCUCACUAAUACGGAUAGAGCUGCAACUUAGCCUCCCUCCUCCUGUCUCUUCAUGUAAAAGAGACUCCAGGUUCCCGAAAGCCUCAAUGUGCGCUCAGCCUUGUGCUUACAAUCAUUUUUCUCUCACACAUACUCCCUUUAAGUUUGUGAUCCCAACACAAACUACCAAACACACAGUUUUGCCUUUUCUCGUUGAUGGUAGCCUUGUUGUGUGUCACCUACAUGUGGUGAAAUGUUUCAGAGACUUAGAGCAAUAGUAAAUCCUGGUUGCUGUUAGGCCUUUCUUUAUCCUAAAUGUGAUGUGGAAUAAUUUAGUUUGUACACUAAUUACAAAUAUUGCCAAAUAUUCAUCAUAUGCAUGGUUGUGGACACUUGAUAAUCAAGGACAUGACGAUCAUCCCUAGUUUUCUUGUCCAAUAUUGUGUUUGCUUCUUUUUUGGAUGAAUUGUCUAUUUGCCAUACUCUGUGAUGUUCCUGAAUGCAGAGAGAUGAUGAGAUGCCAUAAUGUUGUCUAUGCAUGGGUAACAUUUAUUUAUCAAAUAUUCUACAAACAGGCUACUCUUUUAUAUCCCCUAAGAUGUAGAUGUUUAAUUCACAUAUUGUCCUUAUUUUAAUAUCAAAACCAACUAUAAUAUGUCACCAGUAUGAGAAUCAUCUUAGAUUAAACAGAUGCAUUUGAUUUAUGCGGAUUUACAUUUUAUGACCUUUGAUUAUAUUCGGAGUAACUUAAUUAUUUUCAAAUAUAUUCACUGCUAAGCACAGUAAUGCUACUGUACUGUAUAUACACAUAAAUAAAGGGUAAGCGGAUAAAUAAAUAAUUGCAUGGAAAAUGUUAUUUUUGUUAAUGUUUUUACUCAACGUUUACUCAACGUAUAUUUUUUAUUAUUUACUGUAUUUUCUGAUUGCCAGUGUGGGUUUUAUUUAAUGAUGGGAUCAUAAAUAAAACGAAAGGCUGUAAACCUC